UGGGUCAAACUCGAACAUUUGACGACACCAUCCAAAGGCGCGCCAUCGCGAUACCCAUUGAUCACCAGUGAAGCCUUCGUUUGUAGACGAAAACCUCCCCCGCCAAUCCGGACCCAAAACUCCAAAAUGUCUAUGUUCAGGGCCAAGAAGCUCGACCUGGGCUGCAUCAUCCGCACCAGGAUUGUGCGUGACCACACCAAGCGCAAAACUUUUGAGGCGUUCGAACCCGAGAGACAAGCCCUCCGCUACAUCAUUCGCAACACGACAUUGCCGGCACGAACGAGGGCCGAGGCCCAGCUCCAACUCACGCAGAUGCAUGCAUACACCAGGCCGACCCAGAUCAGGAACAGGUGUAUACUGGGAGGAAAGACGAGGGGUAUAUUCAGGGACUUUAAGAUGUCGCGUUACAACUUCAGGUUGCAGGCAUUGGCGGGAUCCAUCCCGGGUGUGAAGAAGGCUUCAUGGUAAAACAAAUCAAACGUUGGAUUGCUAGUGGGAGAGGUGCAUGCCGUGGGCGGCAUAGGGUGUGGUUCUGGCGUGGUGGAAUACGCACCACUCGAGGCUAUGCAGGCUCAGGGCAGAAAGACCGACUUUUGACGGACCAAAAAACCAGCCGCAUCGUUGCCUCACGAUUCGGAGACAAGCAGAGCGCUGCUUGCGUGUACAAUUAUCUGUAUCACAAUACAAAGGAGGUGGAAACUAGACCAAGCGGCUAUCUGCAUUUCUCCCCUCGCCCUGCUCAUCAGACGGUGUUUGCUCA